UCUUAGUCUGGAAAGUGCUGAAUCAUGUAACACAUUCCACGGCAAAACACAAAAUACCGCCAUCCCGCAGGCAUUCUCUCCUUCCCUGCAAUCUCUCUGGGCUGCCCCACCCUGCCCUACCUCAUCUGCUACCUCUACCGUCUGCUUCCCAUAAAGUGCCACGAUCCAGGCAGCCAUGUCCUUUAAUGUGACAUCAUACCCACCAGGAGCCAAUCCAUUGGAGACACGACCUUCUACCUUUAACGUUGUAUAAUGUAUUUUUCUGGACAAAGCACUUUGUUCAAGCGUGAAACAUGUAGCUGUACAAAAUGUCGGUAAAGAUAUCCGUGUAAGAUUUUACAAGAGUUUACAGACUUUACAGCCUUGGAUGUAUCAGAGCAGCGCCAGGUGUAUAAAGAUAUCGGCAAAUACUGAGAUGAAGUUCCUCCUACUCGUGUGUUUGAGCCUAGCUCUGGUCUUUGGUCAUCCAGAAGUGAACGAUGAGGCCCGGAAAUCUACGGAGUCUUAUCAUCAAAUAGCGCCAUCUCUGGACAAAUUCACAGAGAAGUUCUACUCCCACCUGACUACUGCUCAUCCCAAUGAGAACCUGUUCUUCUCUUCAGUGAGUAUUUCUAUAGCGUUUUCAAUGCUCUCCCUUGGGGCCGGGACUGAUACCUGUGUCCAGAUCCUUGAAGGACUUGGUUUCGACACCUCGGUGCAUCCAGAAGAAGAAAUCUACAAGGGCUUCCAGCAGCUCAUGAAGAACCUCAACCAACCUAACCCUGACCUGGAGCUGGACGUUGCUAAUGCGCUCUUUGUUGACAAGCGGUUCAAUCUCCUUCAGACAUAUAAAGACAAUACAAAGAAGUUCUAUCAAUCUGAAGUCAUUUCCAUUGAUUUCCACCAAUUGGUAGAAGCAAUAAACCAAAUAAAUAGCUACGUGAAGAAGAAAACCAAUGGAAAAAUUCAAGAAUUGCUGAGCCCUAAUCAUAAAGAAGAUUUGGUUCUUAUCAACACAAUUUUCUUCAAAGGAUCCUGGAAAUAUGGUUUCAAUGCAAAGGACACCAGAGAAGAAGACUUCCACGUAGAUGGGAACACCAUUGUGAAGGUGCCGAUGAUGACGGCUGAAGAUUGGUAUUCUGUAGCCAUCUUAGAAGAUGUGGGAUGUACAGUAGUCAAGAUCCUCUAUACAGGAAAUGUCUCCGCCAUCUUUAUUAUACCAAAAGAAGGAAAAAUGGUAGAUGUGGAGAAAGCUUUUCAGGAAGGUUCACUGAGGACAUGGAUAAAGAAACUGGAACCAAUGGAAAUAAGCCUCUCAAUACCCAAGUUUUCAGUUUCUACAAAGUUGGAUCUUGUGAAAGAGUUAACUCCAAUAGGAUUCGCACAGGUGUUCUCUUGCAGUGCCGAUUUUUCUGGGAUUUCUAUAGACCGAAAAUUGAAGGUGUCGGAGGCCGUACACAAAGCCGUGAUAGAGGUGAAUGAGGAGGGAACAGUGGCCUCCGCUGCUUCAGCUAUUGCGACUGCAGAGACUACAGCCCGCAGACGAUAUCCUGAAGUUAAGGCCGACCGUCCCUUCAUUAUGACCAUCGUGAAGGAUGAUGAUAAUACAGCACUGUUCACCGGGAGAAUCCUUAACCCGACUCUAUAAUUGUCACAGAGCCAAUAUCCACCGCUCAUAAAAUAAAAUGGUGUCAUAUAGUCUAA